AUGAAGACGACGCUGUGUGCCUUUAUAUUUCACAUUGCAGUGUUGCUGCUGCUGAUGCUUUCUCGCAGCGGGUCUGCAUACGAGGAUCCGACGGCCGAGGCGACGCGUCAACAAGAGCGCCAUUUCAAGCCACAUCUCGAGGCGUUUCGUCACAAGUAUCGCGAGGCGUUUCCUCUGCACCUCGAUCUUUAUCCUAAGCCCAAGGAGCAUACGGUGCUUUUUGUCUAUCCCGACAACAUCCACCAUCCUUUCAGAGAGCUUCUUCAAAAUGGUCUCGAGAGACCGGAAACGAGAAAGACUCUGCUGAGCUCUUUCCACCCGGAUAUGAUCGAACGACAGCCCUUCCCCGUGCGCAACAAGCACCUCGACACAUUCAUCGCGCUGACUGCGUGGAUGAGCGAGGAACAGGACGAGCUGGUCGAUCAUGUGGGAAGGCGUAAUGUCGACUUGCAUCUGGGUUUCUUCCGCAAGGUGCGCGACCUUGCUACCAUCGCUACGGAGAUGCCCUCCCCACCGCUACGCGUCUUCUCACCGUAA